GCAUUAUCUCUGCGAACUCUGGGUCGCAGCUCCAACUCGUUCACCUUCAAGCCCCGCAGAAGGGAGCAGGCUCGGAGGGGCUCAGAAGCAGGUUGGUUGAAAAUUCCCGGGAAGCACAGGAGGAGACUCCGAUGUCUCCAGCCCUGCUCCUCCGACCGCGCCCGCAGCCAAACCCGCCGAGAGACAGGUGAAAGCCUCAAAGGCUCUUUGAUUGGGGUGCUCACAAAACCAGCCGCAGCUGCCGCGGCCGCUGCUCCGCGGCGCUGAAGCCCGAGCUGGGGUGGACGGGAAGGUUGUUCGGGGGUGACGGGGGCGGCUGGCGGCGCCCAUGGAGGGCGGAUCGCCGCUGGAGGGGUACCUGGAGCACUGCGACGGGCAGGAUGACCUCUCAGCAAGUCCUCCUCAUCUCUUUCUGCCCAUGAACCUUUAUGAUGUAGACCUUCCAAUCCAAUCAACCGAAGAUGCACUGUUCAGUUCUCAGUUUAAUCAGUCCAAAGAGCUUCCUGUGGACUUUUCCUCUGUGGACCUCAGCUUUCUUCCAGAUGUUACCCAAGAUAAAGAACAAACUCAGUCUGAAGAUGGUCAUGAAAACCAAAAAGAGCUUGAUGGGUCAAUGUCAAGAAAUGAGGAUGGCAGAGGCUAUGUGGAUGAGAACAGCUUGUAUGACCCAGGUGCAGCUCAACCACCUCCUGAAGCACCCGACGCAUGCCGUCCUCUGACCCCCAUGACCCCGGUGACAUCUGCCUCAGAAAGCACUGGCAUAGUUCCUCAGCUGCAGAACAUAGUGUCAACUGUAAACCUGGCUUGUAAGCUAGAUCUGAAGAGCAUAGCUCUGCAUGCCAGGAAUGCAGAGUACAACCCCAAGAGAUUUGCAGCUGUGAUCAUGAGAAUCAGGGAGCCACGAACAACAGCCCUCAUCUUCAGCUCAGGAAAAAUGGUCUGCACAGGAGCAAAAAGUGAAGAGCAGUCACGGCUGGCAGCCAGGAAGUAUGCACGUGUGGUGCAGAAGCUUGGGUUCCCUGCCAAGUUCCUGGACUUCAAGAUCCAGAAUAUGGUUGGAAGCUGUGAUGUGAGGUUCCCUAUCCGUCUGGAAGGCUUGGUUCUCACUCAUCAGCAGUUCAGCAGCUAUGAGCCCGAACUGUUUCCUGGCCUUAUUUAUAGGAUGGUGAAACCAAGGAUAGUGCUGCUUAUCUUUGUGUCUGGGAAAGUUGUACUGACUGGAGCAAAGGAGCGUUCUGAAAUCUAUGAAGCAUUUGAGAACAUCUACCCCAUUCUAAAAGGCUUCAAGAAAUCAUCCUAAGAUGGUCCAUAAAGCAAUUAACAGUAACCCCUGGGUUUGUACUGCUGUGUUUGGAACAGAAGUGAGGGAAUUCCUGCACCCAGUUGUAUAGCUGUGGGUUAUUAAGCAGCUCUAAAUGCUCUGAGUGCCAGGGUUAGGGCAAACUGCAAUAUAGUUUAUUAAAAGGGUUUGGUUGUUUUUGCUUUCA